GCGCGUUCAAAAGCAACACGGAACUUUCAGUGCCGAAAGAAGUGGUCGUGCAAAAUGUGUUGAUUGAUUUAGUUUAGUCCGCUGCGACGUGAAAGGAUGAAUAAGGUUGUUUUAGUGACGGGGGCCAACAGUGGCAUCGGCCUGGCUUUGUGUGAGCGUCUCCUCAGCUCUCAGGAUGCCGGGGGGCUCCACCUGUGUCUGGCCUGUAGGAACACGCGGCGGGCUCAGGCCGCUCGCGCCGCCCUGCUCGGCGUCCGCCCCUCAGCACAAAUCACGCUGUUGCACAUAGACACCAGCAGCAUCAGUUCGGUGCUCGGUGCUGCACGGGAGCUCCGACUCAGGUUUACCCGGCUGGACUAUGUCUACCUAAAUGCAGGCAUCAUGCCAAACCCGCAGUUUGACUUCAAGGCUUUCUUCAAAGGCCUCUUUUCCAGCAACAUCAUCACCAUGUUUUCAACCGGCGAGGGCAUCCUGACACAGAAGGGUGGAGUAACUCCAGAUGGCUUGCAGGAAGUAUUCGCCACCAACCACUUUGGCCACUUCCUCCUCAUCAGAGAGCUCGAGCCGCUUCUUUGCCAAGCCGGCCGGACCUCUCAGCUCAUCUGGACUUCCUCCAGUAACGCUCGCCGCUCGGCUUUUAGCCUGGAAGACGUGCAGCACCGCAGAGGCCGCGAGCCAUACAGCUCGUCCAAAUACGCCUCCGACCUGCUCAGCCUGGCCCUCAACACACACUACAAUAAGCAGGGCUUGUACUCCUCUGUGAUUUGUCCUGGCUUUGUGAUGACCAACCUGACCUAUGGCAUCCUGCCUUCCUUCCCAGCAUUCCUAUGGACCCUGCUUAUUCCUCUCUUAUGGCUUAUCAGAGUGUUUACUAACACUUUUACCCUGACAGCUUACAACGGAGCUGAAGCCCUGUUUUGGAUUUUUCUGCAAAAACCUGAAAGACUGGACCCGCGGGCCAAAUACCAGAGUUUAACAUCUGUCCUCGGCCAUAACUACACGCAGCCUCAACGGAUGGAUGUCGACUUGGACACGUCAGAGGCGCUCUAUGACGAGCUGCUGCAGUUGGAGCGGGAAAUCGGGAGGAAACAAAUAUCAUCUUAACAAUAGGCCCCUAACCACUGCUUCCUGGUUUUCUCCAGAGUCACUGUAUAGGAGGUACGUCAGAAAGGUUCCAGGACUGGUGUCACAAAAGAUAUAUUUGAACAACAAACUACAGUUUUUCCUUUUGGAAGCAAUCUUCCUGGAGUCUAACGCACAUUCCGAGCCUUCUCUGCCACGCCUUAAUGCACUCCUGGAAGGAUUCUUCUGGGAUCCACCGUAGCUCCGUCGUCAUGGCCAUCUUGAUCUGAUGUGAUCCCUACUUCUUUUAAAAAGGGUCCCCUUGAAUACUUCCGUGAGCUUGGGAAAGAGGAACAAAUCAUACAGUGAGCAGGGAGGUUUCUCCGGCACGGCGAUGCUCUCCUCGGCCAGGAACUGUCAGAUUCUCAGGGCAUUGUGAGCAGGCUGUUUGGGUUUGAAAUAUAUCUUUUGUGACACCAGUCCUGGAGGGUUUCUGACAGACGUCGUCAAUGAGGGCAUCACCAAUUUUCCGCCGUCGGAAAUAGUAUUAGUGGUGGGACGACGGCUGUGGGCGGCACGGUGGCCGACCGGUUAGAGCGUCAGCCUCACAGUUCUGAGGACCCGGGUUCAAUCCCCGGCCCCGCCUGUGUGGAGUUUGCAUGUUCUCCCCGUGCCUGCGUGGGUUUUCUCCGGGUACUCCGGUUUCCUCCCACAUCCCAAAAACAUGCAUGAAUUGGAGACUCUAAAUUGCCCGUAGGCAUGACUGUGAGUGCGAAUGGUUGUUUGUUCCUAUGUGCCCUGCGAUUGGCUGGCAACCAGUUCAGGGUGUACCCCGCCUCCUGCCCGAUGACAGCUGGGAUAGGCUCCAGCACGCCCGCGACCCUAGUGAGGAGAAGCGGCUCAGAAAAUGGAUGGAUGGAUGACGGCUGUGUGUCGGGAUAUUCCGUAAUGCAGGAACAGGGACAUGAGAACACUCACAUCUGCCACCCUGUUGUGUUGAAAGCAAUUGUCACUGUCCAACAAUUAGUUAAAAUAUCACACCAGGUGCUGACGUAACGCAUCUUAUUAUCUGAUCGUGGGCACAGUUGCGGGAAUAUUUCGCUUUUGCUGGAUUCUAUGUAAAAUCCAGAUAUCGAAAUGUUGCCUUAAAUGACUUCAACAACACUAAAAAGGACAAAUGUUGUAAUAUGAAGGUUAUUACACAUUUCACUUUUUAACAUUUUUGCCAUAAGUGUAAAAAAAAAAUAAUUAAGCACUCUUAAUUGCAAGAAGCAAUAAAACGCUUAGCUACCUGAACAACUGA